UUUCGAGUCCGAGUCUCAGAGAAAUAGCCAUAAAAAUUGAGGCUUUUUGACAGUCUCAUGUGCUUUAUCUGCAGCAACCUUCUCGCAGCCAACCACUCUCAUCUCUCUACUUGAUGCCUCUUUUUCUCUCUGAGUCUCAGCCCCAAGAGACACUGGCCAUGCAUUGAAUGCACCGAGAAUGCUCAUCCAGCUCCACACAGUCCUUUUCGAACUCCUACUGAUUAACACUCAUUUGUGAUUCUACGAUUAAACUAAUCGGUUCUAAGAUUUCUACUACUGUUCACCACAAGAACCAGCUGAGGAGGCUCUGUGGGAUGAUGGGGCUUAGGAGAAGAGGCCAAUGGCUGCCUCCUCUUCUCUCUUGGGUCGCCAUUGUUGUGGCCUUCGGAACUUUUGGUGGUGCUGGUUCUGAAAUUAGUUUGAGGUUUGUGAAGACACCACGGCAAAUCUCAGCAUUUGACUCUGCUGCAUUUGAGUUUGAGGUUUUUGAUGAAACGAGUGGGGCUGCUUGCAACGAUUGUGUAGUCAGCUGUAAGCUUGACAACAAUAGCUAUUCAGAUUGCAAUACUGGACGAAUAAAUUACAGUCGCUUGAGUGAGGGAGACCACAUGUUUGAGGCUUGUGUCAGCGGAUCCCUUGGACUUCGCUGUGAUAGCUACAACUGGACUAUUGAUACUGUUCCUCCUACAGCAUAUGUUUCAGCUCCAAUGCCUUUUACAAAAGAGUCUAAUGUGUCUGUAAAUAUAUUAUUCAGUGAACCUUGUACUGGCGGCGGAGGCUUCAGAUGCUCUCCUGACUACUGUAGUCUUCUAGUUUAUGGAGCUGGCCAUGUUUUUCCUGCCAGUCUCAAGGUCCUCCAGCCUGACCUUGAGUUCUCUGUCCACGUGGGAAUUUCUACUGAUAUUCAAUAUGGCCGAUUGGUGCUGGUAAUGGAUAAGAAUUUCUGUACAGAUGGUGCUGGUAACACCUUCACAAGAACAUUAAAUUCGAGGUUCUUUUUGCAUUUUGAUAGAAGACCGGUUUUUAUGAAUAUAAGGACCCGUAUCCCAGAUAAAUUGCUUGAACUUGAUGGAAAUAUAAGGAGAGUUGAUGCAACUAACAAUAAGAGGGAUCUUAGGAUCUACUUAUACUUCUCAGAACCGAUUCUUAAUUCAUCAGUGCAAGUCUUAAAUGUUCUUCGUGCAAGCAGUGGCUUUCUUCUACCUAUAAAUGGCAGUACCCUUGGGAACCGACGAUUGGAAUAUAAAGUGCGUCAUUUUCAAAGAAAAGUUAUUGGUGUAUCAAGCAUGGAUGUAGUCACCAUAAACUGUGCAGCAAGUUCCAUACUUAGCAGACAAGGAACUCCAGUCUCUGCUUCAGAUCCAUUCACGUUCCUUUAUGAUGUUCAAAGACCUGUUGUUAGACUGGGCACAACUGCAGAUUUGAGAACAAGAGAACGCAAUAUACCUGUAGUCAUUAAAUUUCUGAAGCCUGUUUUUUACUUCAAUUCAUCCUCUUUACUGAUUUCAGGAGGUCAUUUUGUGAGCUUUCGUGAAGUAAGUAAGAGCAUAUAUACUGGAAUUGUACAUGCAGAUGACGGUAUUGUCUCUCUAGAAGUUCCUGAAAAUUCAACAGAGGACAUCACAGGAAAUAAAAACCUUGCAUCAAACCACCUGCGUGUGAGACACUAUUCUGUACCUAUUCUCUCUGCAAUGGUUUCUACCAUAGCUACGGCUACAUUUGCAGCUACAGCCAUGGCAGCAGCAUUCCUCACAGUUACCACUGCAAGCCUUCUUUCCUCUGGAGUAUUUUCAAGACCGACAACUUGUCUGAUAUUGGGGCCAACUAAAAACCUUGUGAGAAUUGCAUGCCACAUCCAAGUUUUUGCGCUGUCAAAGUGGUUGACGGCUGUAAUGCCUAUUGAGUAUUACGAAUUUGCGAGAGGCAUAGAGUGGAGUAUCCCAUACAUUAAUCUACCUUGGGAAAGUGAGGGCAUGGAUUCAUUUUUGAAAGAUUCAAGUUUUCCAGUUGUGACAAACAGUGAACUAUCAGAAGGGAAUGGGCUGAACUCUUUUGGGCCUAUGACUAUAGCGAAUGGGGAAUCAAAAACUACGCUAUAUGGAAAACCACUCACUCCAACGGAAUAUUGGGCAUUUCUUGAGAAUCAAAAUAUGAAGCCUGAAGCUGAAUUUAUAACAACCUCCCAAAGUUCAGAUGUGUGGAAAUAUUUUGGCCGGAACAUGUUUUGGUUGGCUGUGAUUGGUGGUGGCCUGAUAGCCCUUCAUGUAAUAUUUCUUCUCAUUCUUAGGUUGAGGAGGAGAUGUCUAGAAAAAAAGAAUGAAUUUGGAGCUCUUGUGUGCCCAAGAUUAGAAAUAUUCUUAUUACUCCUUGCUUUGCCAUCAAUAUGCCAGGCAUCAUCAACUUUGAUCAGAGGUCGAAGCACCGCCGGAAUUACAGUCGGAAUCAUACUUCUUGGCAUAGCAACAUCACUCCUUAUAUCACUAUUUCUGUUCCUGUCCAUUGGAAUCACUCUUGGUAAGCUCCUCCAGUACAAGGAAGUCCAUCAAGAAGGCCAGGAGUUCCAUUGGUACAAUGAAGUAGUUCGGAUUUUCCUAGGUCCUGGCAAACGAGGCCAGUGGACAUGGAGAGAUCAAUCAAACUCCAUCAACCUAGCGCGGUUUGGACCACUCUUCGAGGACCUUCGAGGACCCCCAAAAUACAUGCUGUCUCAGAUCUCCGGUGGCAUUGGCAACUCAAACAAGGGUGACCGCAUAAUUGCCUCGGAAGAUGAGAAUGAGGAUGCAGAAGCUCCCUUCAUCCAGAAGCUCUUUGGCAUCCUUAGGAUCUACUACACCUUGCUUGAAUCAGCUAAGCGUGUUUCGUUUGGUAUCGUUGCAGGAGCGUACUACAAUGAAAAUUCAUCCAAAGUUCCAACUCUGGUAGUCCUCUCCAUCACCUCUUUCCAGCUCUUCUUCCUUGUGCUAAAGAAGCCAUUCAUCAAGAAGAAAGUGCAACUGGUAGAGAUCAUCUCUGUCAUGAGUGAAGUUGGAGUUCUUGGCUUGUGCCUUGUAUUACUAGAGAAUGACUUGUCUGAUGCUGGCCAGAGGAGGGUCGGUUACUCCAUGAUAGCUUUGUUUGUUUUUAGCUUCCUAACGCAAAUGAUAAAUGAAUGGUAUGCAUUGUACAAGCAAACUGUUCGACUUAGUUCUGGCGGGAACUCAUUCUUCCAGGGAUUUAAGACUGCAAUCACUGGGCUUAUGCUUCUUGUGCUUCCAUCAAAUUUAUUGAAGGACUGGAGGGAGGAGUUUGACUCAAAUCAAGGAGAAGGGGGUGGGCUUCCAUUUUCUUCAAGCGGAGAGCAGCAACGGAGCUCCGGUGAGAGGCCAUGGCUGCGGCAGUUAAGGGAAUUGGCAAAGGCUAGUUUUAGCAAAGAUCAUGGUGGAACUGGAACUGUAACUGAUCCUUCAAGUAGUCGGAACUGGAGUGGCGGGUUUUGGAGUGGUAAGAGAAGCCGCAGCUCAUCAGUGACUUCAUCAACUGAUUUUAAGGCCAAGGGAGACAUGAAGGCUAAGUCUAAGGGACUGUAUAAUGAUCUUGAGUUGAUUUUUUCCUCAAAAUGAUGAUAGAUUUGUGUUCCAUUUGAUUUUUUUUUAAUGUGUUUUUUUCCCCUUCAUUUGGGAUUUACAUAUAUACCACUCUAUAUCAUAUUAUUUAUAUAUCUAACAUCAAUAAUUUUAAUACAUAUCACUCAUAUCAAAUAUGACCCCAUUCAUAUAUAUUAUUACUAUCAUCCUAUAAACUUUAAUAUUUUAUUCCUUGCAUUCAUAUUUAUUCUACGAGUGGUAGGCAUAAAAUAUUAAAGUUUUAGGUGUUAGAUAUGUAAAUAAUAUGAAAUAAAGUGGUACGUAUGUAAGUCCCCCUUCUUUCUAAUAUGUUAUUUCUUUGUAUUUUGUAUUUGAGGAGGUAGCAGAAUGGUUGUUCAAAUAGUCUGCCAUGAGGUAUGCUUACAUUGCGCAAAUUCAGCAUCUUAUUCUCCUUUUCUAAUUCCUGCUUUUCAUCGUAUGCCACAGAACAUAUCUGUUUGUGCAGUGAUGCAAAUCCUUUGAAUGAUUUUGCUAA